GACGUCAUCGUCCCCUCCCGUGAGUUCCUCCUGAAACCAGGAUGUGACCGACGCUGCGAGCCAGGAAACGGACGGUUUUCAUGGUAAACAGCGGAAUAUAAUCCCACCGUCUGCGGGAGAGAAUACCGAACGGCUCACUUUCCUCACAGAGCUGCCAAAACAAACUAAUAAAUCACGGUUUCUGUCGGGCUGCUGAGAGGAGCGCGGCGGGAUGAGUGGGGCUGCUCUGGGUAUCGAGAUCGUGGUGGUGUUUUUCCUGGCGCUGUUCCUGCUGCACCGAUAUGGAGACUUCAGGAAGCAGCAGCGCAUGGUGUUGUUCGGCACGCUGCUGGCCUGGUAUCUGUGUUUCCUCAUCGUCUUUAUUUUACCUCUGGACGUCAGCACGACCAUCUACAAGCAGUGUAAGAUAGACCACGAGGAGCACACCUCCGUUCCCACCGUCAGCCCGUUACCGUCCAAUCACACGGCAGCAAACGCAUCUGUCACACCCACUAAAAGCGCACCGCAGCCAUGCUACAAGCCGUGGAGCUACAUCCCUGAUGGCAUCAUGCCUGUGUUCUGGAGAGUGGUGUACUGGACGUCCCAGUGUCUCACAUGGCUGCUGCUGCCCUUCAUGCAGUCCUACGCCCGCUCUGGAGGCUUCUCCAUCACUGGGAAGAUUAAAACAGCGCUGAUAGAGAAUGCUAUUUAUUACGGGACCUACCUGCUCAUCUUCGGCUCUCUGCUCAUAUACGUGGCUGUUCAUCCCGAGUGGCACCUCUCCUGGUACGAGCUGCAGACCAUCGGGAUCACAGCAGCUAACACCUGGGGCCUGUUCCUGCUGGUGCUGCUGCUCGGUUACGGUUUGGUGGAAAUCCCUCGCUCCUACUGGAACGCUUCGCGGCACGGACACUUACUCAUCAAGACGUACUUCAAGGCGUCCAAGCUGAUGACGGAGAAGGCAGAUGCAGAGGAGAACCUGGAGGACGUCAUGGAGGAGGUGAGAAAAGUCAGUGAAUCCGUCAAGUAUAACCAUCCGCUGAGGAAGUACAUCGAUACAAUUCUCAGAAAAUGCCCGGUGGAUUACCAGGAGAAGAUGGGCAGGAACAUGGACGACUACGAGGACUUUGAUGACAAACAAAACACGUAUCCCAGUGAGAAGAGCCUGGUGAAGCUUCAUAAACAGGUGAUCUAUGCGGUUCAGAGACACAACAGGACUCGUGUCCAGUGGCAGAUCCUGCUGCAGCAGGCCAUCCAUCUGGAGGACGUAGCCAAGAACGAGACCAGUUCAGCCCACCAGUUUGUCCACAGCUUCCCGUCCUCUGAGCCAGCGGGCUGGUUCAGCAGAUACGUGUACACGUCGACUGUAGAGUGGUACUGGGAGUGUCUCCUGAAGUGCUGGUUUUACCGGCUGCUGUCGGUGGUCCUGACUCUGUUCAGCGUGGCCGUGGUCUGGUCUGAGUGCACCUUCUUCAGCACCCGGCCCGUCCUCUCUCUGUUCGCUGUGUUCAUCCAGCUGGCCGAAAGAGACUACAACUACCUGUACAUCGAGAUGGCGUGCUUCAUCACAAUCUUCUUCCUGUGUACCUGCGUUUACUCCACCGUGUUCCGCAUUCGGGUUUUCAACUACUACUACCUGGCCUCCCAUCACCAGACUGAUGCGUACAGCCUCCAGUUCAGCGGCAUGCUGUUCUGUCGUCUAACGCCUCCUCUGUGUCUGAACUUCCUGGGUUUGAUCCACAUGGACUCUGCCAUCUCCCACCAGCAGAAGGAACAGACCGCCUACACCUCUAUCAUGGGAUCGAUGCGUGUUCUGUCUUUUAUUGCUAAUGGCUUCUAUAUCUACUACCCCAUGCUGAUAGUGAUCCUGUGUAUCGCCACCUACUUCAGUUUGGGGACUCGCUGCCUGAAUCUUCUGGGCUUCCAGCAGUUUGUCGGGGACAGUGAAAUGACCUCUGACCUGAUUGACGAGGGCAAGGAGCUGAUCCGACGGGAGAAAAGGAAGCGACAAAGGAUUGAAGAUGGCGAGAACAGACGGAGAGAUUGGAAGGAGCGCUAUGGAAACCAGAGGGAAGACUACACGGCGAGGAACAGGAGCAGUCAUGAAAUGAAGGAGACCAGUUACUCAGACACUGUGACCCCCAGCAACAACAGACAGGCGAAAUAUUCUCGCUCUGGGAGUCGGGCAGAGAGGGACUGCAUCGAGCUGCUGCAGGACGCCGAACCUUUAGACUUCAACGCUGACACUCUGACGGACGACCCUCUGGACGCAGAGUCUGGCAGACACGCAGGCGGACGGUAUCUGUCCAUGUCGUCGUCUCGGAGCCGAAUAUUCGACGACGUCUGACGGGGACAAGAAGUCUGAAGGGGAGCCACAAACUGGAACACACACGAACGUCGCUGUCUGCACAUCCACCUGCAGGGAGUGAACGUACCACGCCACCUCCAUCUCACUACUCACAGGCUGCUUCCUCAUCUCCCAGGAUGCAUGGUAAUAAAAAAAAAAAACAGGUCAUGUAUCAGUGAAGAUCUGUCACCUGGAAAUGUCUUCAUAAACACUUUGCAUCAGGUUUCAUGGCCAGCGUGGCUGCAGGUGACCGGAGGCACUUUGAAGGAAUAUUAAUGCUAUAAAAGUUACAUAAACCCUCUGGUAUGAAUGCAAACUCUGACAGAUAUUGUUCUGAGUUUCCGGUCCUGUCUGAGCUGCAUGUCAUGGUGGCAGGAGUCGCUCUCUAACCGUCUGAGCAUGCUCAUGAAUGUGCGUCUGCUGCCGCUGCAUGUCGACGCGUCGCGUCACUUUAAUGAAGGUCCUUGGAAGUAGAGUUUAUUUAUAUUUUUUAUUCUUUGUCUUAAAUGUUCAGGUUUUAUUUAUCUGUCUGUCAUUGAUAACCCUGAUUUAUACAUGAUCAGCAGUAGUUUCGUGUGCUGCCGGUUUAAGCCGUCUUCACUUGACAAUAAUUUAAUUCUAAUCAUGUAAGAAGGUCUGAGUUUCAGUACAUAAAAGCUGUAAUAAUUAGAAUCUUAAAAGCAACUGAAUACCUGAAUUUAAUCACUACUUCAUGUUGUCAAAAUAAAAAUAUCACUGAAUUUAAAGCACUGAAGUAUUUUACUUUGAAAAGCAUCUGUCUAAGUUUAUGUGGAGUGAAUUUCCAGAAGGUCGUGUAAGUGGUGCAUUUACACCCCUAUGGUUAGGGUUUGCUUGUUUUUUAGGUAUCACAAAUUCACAUGUCAAAUGUAUUUGUUGUCAUUUUCAGAUCUAAAACUUCAAGUGAAAAAAUCCCGUUGCUCAGUUUCUUAUCCUUUAUUUAUUGGUUUGACUGAGAAGCAAAACGCUCUUUCACUGACACGCUGUUCGAAACCAGUCUGACCUGUUGGCCACUGAGCAGCGCCACCAGACCAGUUGGGGCUUACCUGCCUUGCUCAGGGGCCCCUGCUGGAGGUAAUAAGGGAGGGGCAAGAGCUGCUGGUUCACUUUCCGUACCCAGAUUGGGAAUGGAACCGCCGACCUUCCGGUCUCCAGCCCUCGUCCCCAACUCUGAACAGGAUCGGUUAAAUUCAGACAGCAGCUCAAGAUGAAAAGUUCCAACCUGAACGUCUGGAAACUUCUUCCUCCUGUAUUUUAGGCAGAUGAGACUCUUGAAUCAUGUGACUGACAGAAUGCAACCCGAUUGGUCAGAGGUCUGAUCGAUGAGUAUCCUCAGCAGCCUCGAUGUCCAAGUCGAUCUGUCCGAUCCAGUCCAAGUGACUCCGUAAACUUUUGGAUCACAGUUUGACCAACUGAAUUAAAGCAACUGGAAUAGUUUUUUGAAACGUGUGAACCCUAAUGAACUGAAACUUAAUAAACCUAAAAUCAAACCGCAGACAACUGUCAGAGUAAAAUACCUAAAUAAUUGAAAUUCAGUGGUAUUUAAACGUCAGUAUGAAGUGUUUUAUUUUAUUCAGCUGCUUAUUCGAUUAAACCCUUCCCAGUGUCAUUUAAAUAGGGUGUAACUCCUCUUCCUUUGCGUUGGUUUAAACAUCAUAGUGUAAGAAACCAUCUGAAGCUGGUGAGUGUUUCAGUUUUUUUAAAUGGUUCCUAAACUGCCAUGUGUUUGUCACCUUGAAGUGAAAAUGUUUCUUUACCCCUCCGAGGUUUGAACUGAAAGUACAGAAGUGACCUUUAAAGGACCAAACCUGUGUUUUUGUGUGUUUCAGCUCGUUCAUUACGAGUUACUUAACAAAGCUGUAGCGUUCAGGAAAUGUCUCUCUUCUCUCGCAGUCAGCCUCGGCUUUCCUUUCACUUCACUGUGAAAUCCACCUCAAAGCAACGAUUCAACAUUAGUGAACUCCGCUGCCUCUCUCUCUCGCUGAGAGUCAGAUGUUCAGGUCGAUCCCACUCUCAUGUCUGUGCGCUAAAUAUGAAGCUACAGCCGGCAGCUGGUUAGCUUAGCUUAGCAUAGAGACUAGUCCACCUACCAACACCUCUGAAGCUCACUGAUCAACAUGUUACAUCUCGUUUGUUUCAUUUCUACAGUGACUGACGGUUUGUGGUACAGGAAGUUACUAUUGAUAAAAUGGAGAGCAAUUCAUAACAAGAGCAGCACAUUCGAGAUUAAGACUCAAAACAAGGAGGAAUAAAUAGAUGAAAAUAAAAAGGAAAGAAAGGAAAAGAGUAAUAAAUUCAACGGGGGGGCGAGAGGGGGAAUCUAGAUAAAGAUGUGAUAAAUAUUACAGAUAUGAAGCGUUUAGACAGCUUUAUUUAAGGAGGUAGAGAAAUAUAAUGUUCCAUUUCCUUCGCACAGCAAGAAUUGUUAGUAAAUGCACAUUUUAUACCAUAAAAAAAUAAAAUUAAUAAGGAAAUAAGAGUCAUCUGCAUCGGGUAGAUAGAAACUAGAGAGAAUAUCUUGAAUGGAUAAAUCUGCAGGUCCAAAAUAAAACAAACAGUUUCAGGUUGUCGACUGAAACAAAACAGAAAUGUUGUUUUUCAACUUCUGAAGGAAAAAUGUCACAAGAUAAACCUUUUGAAUCAAUUUUCUCCAACUCAUAUCUUCCACAUAACAAUUUCACUGAUGGAUACGCAGUCGAGAAAUAGUUCUGGCAAGUAACUCCCGUAAAACCACAAACUGUAGUUUCCACCUUUCUGUAACGUGCAGAUUAAAGUUAGAAUCCUUCAGGUUUCAGUCCUGGAUGAUUUGGCGCCUCCUGUGGUGACUGGUGGUAACAGCAGCUACAACAUGAGAGCAACGGCUGAAUCCACUUACACAGCGGCCAGUCAGUCAGUACAUUUCCAUCGUGCCACACUUACUGUGUUUCACCAGUGGAAUGCUUUUAAUGUGAAGCAGCAGCAGGAUGUUUCCUGUCAGGCCUCAUUUUCUGGGAAUUCCUUGUGCGUAGGUAAGCAGUUUGAAUCACCUGUAGGAAUGGCGGACUGUGUCGCUAACAAUGAACACUACUAUACAGAGAGGUAAUUACAUUAAAUACAUUGACUGGCUGGUACUGAUUACCACCAUAAAUGCUGUGAGAAACUGGAUGAAUUUCUUGAACAUCUGGAGCAUUCUAACUUUAAAGAAACUAGAUUUAACAUGUUUAUGAGUGAGCUGCAGCCAGGCGAGCUGUUUCCUCCUGCCUGAAAGGUGGAGAGCACUAUGGUGUGCCUUGGAGAACGCCGUCGGUCACGUUUGGCAUGUUUGAUUCGUAGUAAACAGGUUAAAACAAGUAAAAACACAGGUCUGGUGCUUUAAAUAUGUUUAGCAUGUAGCGUUAGCUCUGGUGUUGAUGAAGAGAUCCUGCUGGCAGGUUCAGCUGAGCUUCAGCUCCGUCAGUGAACUUCUUUAGAUAAACUUCAGUGUCAGAAAAGUUCAUCAUCAGGAGGAAACUGACCUGAGCACAGCGACUGUGUUCACACCACAUCCUCAUCUAUCCAAGUCUUGUAUGUGUAUAUAUGUAUGAUAUCUUUUUUGUAUUAUAUGGGCUAAUUAAUGAUACACAGAAAGCGUUAAAAGUGACUUUGUAUUUAUUGUAACUCUUCCUCACACUGUAUGUUUCCUGAUUCCAGCAGUGUUUCAGUCUGAUCAUACUACUGAUUCUGGUGAUGAAGUACUUCAUGUUCUGAAUAUCUGAAUAUUUAUUGUCUGUCAUGAUCUCAGCACAUUUCUUUCUGCUUCUGGAGAUGGAAAGUAGAUAUAAGUAGUUGAUCUCUGUGUCCUGUGAUUUACAGUAGUGAAUUAUUUAGAGAAAAGAUUAUGUAUGUUUUACUCUGCUGCCAGUGUUGUGUCAAUAAAAAUUAUCAAAGUGUUACAAA